AUGAGGCGUGCACUCCCCCUCAGUUUUUCAGGCUUCUUUUUAGACAAAUGUGACUCCAUACGCCAAUGUUCCUCAGGGGAAAUUUUCAUCGGGGGACUUAUCACGAUCAUAGGUCGAGCCGUCGGCCUAGACUUCCCGGCUCCUGAGUACAUACCUGUCGACACCCCACCGAACUUCCUGCUAUACUGUGACACUCUUAUCCGGAUGGAGAUGUUGCUCGAUCGGGGAACCCGCACGUACAGUUGGUUAGACUCUGACAAAGCCUUGGUUUACAUCCUGCCAAGUUGGAUCGGUUCUUCAUUCGAUACAGGCGACCCAGACACUUGGCUUCCUCCAGAUCAGUUGACCCAAGCAGGUGUAUUCCCAGAAUUCGGUGAUGAUGAGGGUGACGACGCAGAGCAACAAGAGGAAGAAGAUGACGAAGAGAACGACGAGAUGCCCGAAGCUAAGGACCAUUUUGACCAGCCCUCGAUGCAGCAGCCGAUGUUUUCGCAUGAUCAAUUCCAGGCCCCUCCACACCAUUUUGACCAGCCGCAUCAGCAGGAGGGACACAAAGUCCCACCAUAUUUCCCCCCCCCCCACAUUCUUUGA